UGUGCCCUUCUCUGUGCAGAGAGAGUCCACAAGGAAAUUGAACAGGUGAUUGGCUCACACCGUCAGCCAGCCUUGGAUGACCGAACCAAGAUGCCAUACACCGAGGCAGUCAUCUGUGAGAUUCAGAGAUUUGCGGACCUGAUACCCAUUGGUGUGCCCCACAAGGUCACCAAAGACACUCACUUCCGAGGGUUCAUCAUCCCCAAGAACACUGAAAUAUAUACAGUCCUGACCACUGCUCUCCAUGACCCACGUCGCUUUGAAAAACCAGACACAUUCAACCCUGAUCACUUUCUUGAUGCCAAGGGGGCACUGAAGAAGAGUGAAGCUUUUAUGCCCUUCUCCACGGGUAAGGUGACCCAUUGCCCACCUCCCAGACACUAGAGAGUAGUUCCCAUU